ACGACGUCACAAACCAAGAUGGCGCUCUCCGUGCGGACAAAUUUCAAACACCUCUUCAGGACAAUUCAGAAGUUUAACUCUCCGAAGAGGUUACUGAGCGCUGGGACAUGUGCGGGAAACAAGGAAUCUCCAGGAGGUGGACGGGUGUUUUCUGGGAUCCAGCCGACGGGGGUUCCCCACCUGGGUAACUACCUGGGUGCCCUGGAGAACUGGGUGGCCCUGCAGAACCAGUAUCCCUCAGUCCUGUACAGCAUCGUGGACCUGCACUCCAUCACCCAGCCUCAGGACCCGGCCCAGCUCAGGAGCAACAUACUGGACAUGGCCGCCAGCCUGCUGGCCUGUGGCAUCGACCCGGAGAGGGCCAUUCUGUUCCAGCAGUCUCGGGUGUCGGAGCACGCAGAGCUCUCCUGGAUCCUCAGCUGUCUGACCAGCAUGCCCCGCCUCCGACACCUGCCCCAGUGGAAGAUGAAGAGCAAACAGAAGAACGAGGGCAGCGUUGGUCUCUUCACAUAUCCUGUCCUGCAGGCCGCCGAUAUUCUGCUCUACAAGUCCACUCACGUCCCCGUCGGAGAGGAUCAGGUCCAACAUUUAGAGCUGGCUCAGGAUCUCGCUCGAAUCUUCAACAACCGCUACGGAGAUCUGUUCCCUGAACCCGCCGCCCUGCUCAGCUCCACACGAAAAGUCAAGUCUCUUCGGGAUCCUUCUGCAAAAAUGUCAAAAUCUGACCCUCAAGCGAUGGCGACCGUCACCGUCACAGACUCUCCUGACGACAUCGCCCUCAAGAUCCGCCGCGCCGUCACCGACUUCACCUCCGAAGUCACCUUUGACCCCGAGACGCGGCCGGGCGUGUCCAACCUGGUGACGAUCCACGCCGCCAUGGCGCUGAUCGGCGUGGAGGAGGCGGUGCAGCAGGCCAGAGGGCUGGACACGGGAGAGUACAAGAAGCUGGUUACGGAGGCUGUGAUCCAGAGGUUAACGCCCAUCAGAGAGGAGAUCGAGAGGCUGAGGGGGGACAGGGCUCACCUGGAGGAGGUGCUGGAUCAGGGGGCACGCAGGGCUCGAGAACUGGCUGCUCCGGUCCUCAGGGAGGUGCGACACAGGGUGGGAUUCUGCUGAGCCUGCAUUAAUACCACAGGCUGAGCUCAGUGCUCACAUGCUGCUGGUAACAACUUUUAUUCCCAUGACUGUUCACGUUUCUCAAACAUGACCUCACAGAUCAGAUGAAAACAGAUCAACAGACUACAAACUGAUGGAUGGAGCAGCUUUGUUAUUUCGCCUUCUGAGUUUGUCUCCUUGAAAUGAACGAGGAGUCUGUUUAUUAUGAUGUUUAUUUAUUUACCUUCUUUUGUUGGCUGUUUGUUUCCCCAAAUACAAGUCAAGGCAAGUCACACAGCACAUUUAAAAAGAGCAGCAGCUGACCAGAGUGCUAUACGAUGCAUUAAAGAAACAACAUACAGGACUUUACAACAUUUAUAAGGAUAAAGAAACAACAACAAAGAAGGCAGUUAAGAGAACCUGAUAGAAAUGGUGUGUUCAGGACCAGAGGACUCAAAUGCUAACAUAUAAAAAUAAGUUUUGAGGCGGGACUUAAAGGCAAGGCAGUCUAUUUAUAUAGCACAUUUCAACAACAAUGUUGCGCUUUACACAAAACAUCAAAAGCAUCAUGACAGAGGAAAAAAGAAACAUUAAAAUGGAAAAUUUUAAAAUCACAAAAACAUACAAUUAUUAAAUAUAGGAGUCAGACAGAGAGGGCAGACCUGAGGAAAGGGGUUAAGGCUGUUCUGCAGUUUACAACACCAGGAGUGUUUUUAGUAUGAAGUCUUGUCUUGAUGCUUUAGUCCUCAGCCAUAUGUUGCUAAAAAAAUAAGAACUUCAGAAAAACACCUGAACAAAUCUCAGAUCCAAAGAGGUGAUAUGUGUGAAUGUGUGGCUACAGGAUCAAAUCUGCACGGUGCUAAACACAGACGUAAACAAACCCUCAUACCACUUUUAGUCAUACUGAUUGAACUUGAAGCAUCCCGACCAAUGACACUGCAGGAAAAUAUCGAAUCAUCUGAUGCAGGAAGCUCAUGACUUUGUCCUGCAACCUCAACAGUGUGAUUAGUUAUGUGGAUAUUAGUCAUGGCAACCUUUUCUUUCCAUAGGUAGCCUGUGAAAAAACAUAUACAUUACCUGUAGAGAGACUUGUGAGACACAGGCGUGGGCGCUAAUGUUUCUGGACUCACUGCUUGUGUUUUUUCUUUUUUUUUUUUUAUUAUGUCUGAGAUGUUUCAGGACCAAGUGUGAACAGGCUCUCAGUCACGAGGAGUGAGAUCUUACGUUCUUCACACGAACCUGCAAUCUGCUUUGACAAAGAGAAAAAACAGAAAUACAAAACAAAACACACAUGUUUGCAGAUAAGAGUCAGGUUGGGUAAAUGCAGCUGGAGAGCUGUUCUACACAUUUAAAUACUUCAAAACAGAUUCAUGCAAACACAAAACAUUUCAUCCAACGUGUUUUUCAGAGACAAAGAAACGAGAGAAAUUAGAGGAGUGUGAAAAUACCAAAAGUACCAAUUGAAGAAAAUGCCUCUACAGAUGUGCACAAUGCAACAUUUGGUCUCAAAUAAAUUCUGAAGACAUAAAAGUCAGAGGCAGUUAAAAGAUGAAUUAUAUUUAUGAGCCUGAAGGAGACGUCUUCAUGUUGUGCACUUUCUGGAGAGCAGAAACACGACUCGAGAGGUUUUGUGUUGCGACAGUUGGACAUUAAUGGAAAGAUUAUUGAAUGAAAUAAAUCAAGACAAGGCAUCCGACAUGUUUUAAUCGACAUAUAUGAAAAGGUAAGUUACUCAUGUUUGCCUCUGAUGGGACGUGCUCUUAUCCGUAAUGAACUGUAUAGGGGUAUUUUAUUGCAUUCUCACUAAAUACAUUUCCAUACAGCAUCUUUUACCAUUUGAAAAGUCAGUGUAAAUCAUGCACAACAACACACAGCAGAGGGGAAAAGACAAUUGAUGUAUUUCUGCCUCAGACACUGAAGUAAUGUCUCUUCAGCUGCAGAGAAAACGUCAGAACGCCAGCUCUUAAACACCGAGCAUUACACCCUGAAGAUUUUGCAGGUAAAGAUUUCAGAUUCAGCACUGACAUGAAGGGGAUAAAAGGUGUGUGGUGGGGGGGGGGGGGGGGGGAGUCACAGGGAAUUUUCUGCUUGUUGGUGUUGUUUUUGUCUCUUUAAAAAUACUAUUAAAAAAUGAGAGGAUACUUUUUUUAAUGUGCAGCUCAGCAUUUACAUUCAAAACUUCAAUUUCAAUUCAAUCAACACUGAUUUUUUUUUUAAACUUGAGACACACUGAUGUAUGCUGACAAAACUCAAACCUUCCUCAUAGUGUAUGGAUGCUAAACCUUGUCUUGACGGUAUCAACUCUUAUUGAACACACACACACACACACACACACCUAUAGCUGAUUACAUUUGAAACACAAACUUUACAAAAGGGAACAAUUUAAAGCCUCACUUUGGACUCUGGGAAAUUGCAGUGAGAUUUUCCACUAUCUAAAAAAAAAAAAAGAUAAAUUGAUGAAUCAUGAAAAUAUUCUGGAGCUAAAUUGAUGAUUUGAAUUUCUGUUUGCAGCUCAAAUUGCAGACAGCACUUAAAACAGAUACGGCUGUGUAUGCGCUUAUUUCAGCGACUUAAAGAAAAAACACUUUGACACGAUCAGACUCAAACUUUACUCAGAGUAGGUCACACAGAGGGUGUCAUUCUCUCCGAUGAUACACAUUCAUUUAUUACCAUAAUGGCAGCUUUGUAGAGAUCUUCUGCAGCCUGAGAGCAUCUGAAUCAAACGAGGAAUAAAUCUUCUGAAUUUCU